AAUGUCUGGUUUUAGUGCAUCUGGGAACUCGGGUACUGAGUGCCCAUCUGCCGCUAAUGGAGCCUUCUGAUUCCCAGAAUCACCUGCCCGUGCCCCGUUGAACCUUCAUGGCCACAGCCUCAGGCCCUGCUGGCAUUGCCAUGGGCAGCGUAGGCAGCCUGUUGGAACGGCAGGACUUUUCCCCUGAAGAACUUCGGGCUGCACUGGCUGGGUCCCGGGGCUCCCGGCAGCCUGAUGGGCUCCUCCGGAAAGGCUUGGGCCAACGAGAGUUCUUCAGCUACCUGCAUCUCCCCAAGAAGGAUGGCAAGACCGCCAAGCGAGCCCCUCGGAACGAGCCGGACUACACCACCCUCUACUACCGGGAGCAUCCUCGGGCUGGUGACUUCAGCAAGACUUCCCUACCUGAGCGCGGUCGCUUCGACAAGUGCCGGAUCCGUCCUUCUGUGUUCAAGCCUCCUGUGGGCACUGGGAAAGGCUUCCUGUCCAUGCAGAGCCUCGCAGCCCACAAGGGCCAGAAGCUGUGGAGAAGCAACGGUAGCCUGCACACUCUGGCCUGUCACCCACCCCUGAGCCCUGGGCCUCGGGCCAGUCAGGCCCGUGCACAGUUGCUUCACGCCCUCAGCCUUGAUGAAGGCGGCCCUGAGCCCAGCUUAUCGGACUCUUCCAGCGGGGGUAGUUUUGGCCGUAGUCCAGGGACUGGCCCCAGCCCCUUCAGCUCCUCCCUGGGCCACGUUAAUCACCUUGGAGGCUCCCUGGAUCGUGCUUCAAGGAGCCCUAAGGAGUCUGGACCUCUGGCAGUACUGAGCUGCCUGCCCGAGCCUCCUCCCCCCUAUGAGUUCUCCUGUCCCACUACUGAGGAGGUCGCCGUGUUGCCUGAUACCGGUGAGGAACUCAAGAGGGACCUCGGUGACCAGGAUGUAUCUAACCCCUUUACUCAGGUGCUCGAGGAACGCCAGCGGUUGUGGUUGUCUGAGCUGAAGCGCCUGUACGUGGACCGGCUUCACGAGGUGGCCCAGAAAGCUGAGCGCAGCGAGCGCAACCUCCAGCUGCAGCUGUUUAUGGCUCAACAGGAGCAGCGGCGCCUGCGCAAGGAGCUGCGGGCUCAGCAGGGCCUGGCCCCAGAGCCUCGGACCUCCGGGCCCCCCAUGGAGGCUGACCCCAAUGCCGGGCCAGAGGAAGAAGCCCGAUGGGAGGUGUGCCAGAAGACUGCCGAGAUUAGUCUGUUGAAACAGCAGCUUCGGGAAGCCCAGGCGGAGCUGGCACAGAAGCUGGCAGAGAUCUUCAGUCUGAAGACGCAACUUCGGGGCAGCCGGGCACAAGCCCAAGCUCAGGACGCUGAGCUAGCCCGGCUGCGGGAGGCAGUGCGCAGCCUGCAAGAGCAGGCACCUCGGGAGGAAGCCCCAGGCAGCUGUGAGACAGAUGACUGCAAGAGCAGGGGGCUGCUCGGGGAGGCAGGAGGCAAUGAAGCCAGAGAAGGGGCCGAGCAGCUGAGGGCAGAGCUGCUGCAAGAACGGCUUCGUGGCCAGGAGCAGGCUCUGCGCUUCGAGCAGGAGAGGCAGACUUGGCAGGAGGAAAAAGAGAGGGUGCUGCGCUACCAGCGAGAAAUCCAAGGGAGCUACAUGGACAUGUACCGCCGGAACCAGGCACUUGAACAGGAGCUGCGGGUGCUGCGGGAGCCCCCUACAUCUUGGAGUCCCAGGCUGGAGUCCUCCAAGAUCUGAGGCUAGCCAAGUGUGCUGACAGCGGGCACACAGUCAGAAGAUACCCUGAGAUGGCAGGCUCCUCCCUUACGCUGGUCUGGGGUGGAAUCUGUAGAGGCCAGUUCAGGGAUGGGACGCCCACCCAGCGGAGGGCUCCAGCGGGCAAUGGGACGGAUAGGGUGCCUGCUCCAGAAGCUGUGGCAAAGUCCUGCUAGCAGAGAACCACACCCAGGGAGGGCCUAGCCUUGCUCCCAACAGUGGGUGUGGCCCAAUAAAGUAGGUUGGAGCCAGCCAAGCUUCAGCCCCAAGAUGCGGAAGAGCAAGAGAGAAAGAAGGGUGGCCGGUGACCGUCCUGCGGUCUCCCUCCAUGGAAGGAGCCAGGGGUGGGAAGAUUGGCCUCUUCCAGAAUAAAAAGCACAUUUUCUAUGA